CGCCCGGCUGGCUGACAGAGCUGAGUCUUGUCUGAGCGCUGCAACGCGAGGGUUGCUGGUCUGGGACUUGGGUGACGGCUGGAGGUCCGAGUUGGGGUUGGGGUGGGCGUCGGAAGGAAGCUGGGCGGUGGGAUGAUGGAGGAGGAGGAACUGGAGUUCGUGGAGGAGCUGGAAGCCGUGCUGCAGCUCACGCCUGACGUGCAACUCGCAAUCGAGCAGGUAUUUCCAAGCCAGGAUCCCCUAGAUCGAGCAGAUUUCAAUGCUGUGGAGUAUAUCAAUACCCUGUUCCCGACGGAACAAUCUUUGGCAAACAUAGAUGAAGUCGUGAACAAAAUUAGACUGAAAAUAAGGAGACUGGAUGACAAUAUUCGAACUGUUGUAAGAGGUCAGACAAACGUGGGGCAGGAUGGCAGGCAAGCACUUGAAGAGGCCCAGAAAGCUAUUCAGCAACUCUUUGGCAAAAUCAAAGAUAUCAAAGACAAAGCAGAAAAAUCGGAGCAAAUGGUUAAAGAAAUCACCCGCGAUAUUAAGCAGCUAGAUCAUGCCAAACGCCACCUGACCACCUCAAUCACAACGCUGAACCACCUGCACAUGUUGGCAGGUGGCGUCGAUUCCCUCGAAGCCAUGACCAGGCGAAGACAGUAUGGAGAAGUUGCUAAUCUUCUUCAGGGUGUAAUGAAUGUUCUGGAACACUUCCACAAGUAUAUGGGAAUUCCACAGAUCCGGCAGCUUUCUGAAAGAGUGAAGGCUGCCCAGACUGAGUUAGGACAGCAAAUCCUGGCCGAUUUUGAAGAAACAUUUCCUUCCCAGGGUACCAAGAGGCCAGGAGGACCCAGCAAUGUCCUACGAGAUGCGUGUCUGGUUGCUAAUAUUUUGGACCCCAGAAUCAAACAGGAAAUCAUCAAAAAGUUUAUAAAACAGCAUCUUUCAGAGUAUCUAGUACUUUUUCAAGAAAACCAAGAUGUUGCCUGGCUGGACAAAAUCGACAGACGCUAUGCCUGGAUAAAACGCCAGCUUGUGGACUAUGAGGAGAAAUAUGGCCGGAUGUUUCCACGUGAGUGGUACAUGACCGAGAGGAUUGCGGUAGAAUUUUGCCAUGUCACAAGGACAGAACUUGCCAAGAUUAUGCGUACCAGAGCUAAGGAAAUUGAAGUGAAAUUGCUUCUUUUUGCUAUUCAGAGGACAACUAACUUUGAGGGGUUUCUUGCAAAACGCUUCUCCGGCUGCACCCUGACAGAUGGAACCCUGAAAAAACUCGAGUCUCCUCCCCCGUCCACCAAUCCCUUCCUGGAAGAUGAGACAGCACCAGAGUUGGAGGAACUGGCGACGGAGAAAGGAGAUUUAGAUCAACCAAAGAAGCCUAAAGCCCCAGACAAUCCAUUUCAUGGCAUUGUUUCAAAGUGUUUUGAGCCUCAUCUCUACGUAUAUAUUGAGUCCCAGGACAAAAAUCUUGGAGAGCUGAUAGAUCGGUUUGUGGCCGACUUCAAAGCGCAGGGGCCACCUAAGCCCAACACUGAUGAGGGGGGUGCUGUGCUUCCCAGCUGUGCUGACCUCUUUGUCUACUAUAAGAAGUGCAUGGUGCAGUGCUCUCAGCUCAGUACGGGGGAGCCAAUGAUCGCUCUGACCACCAUUUUCCAGAAGUACCUCCGAGAAUACGCCUGGAAAAUCCUCUCUGGCAACCUGCCCAAAACCACAAGCAGCAGUGGAGGGCUGACCAUCAGCAGCCUCCUCAAGGAAAAGGAGGGCUCAGAAGUAGCCAAGUUCACUCUAGAGGAGCUCUGCCUCAUCUGCAGCAUCCUGAGCACAGCAGAGUACUGUCUGGCCACCACCCAGCAGCUAGAAGAAAAACUCAAAGAAAAAGUCGAUGUAAGCCUGAUUGAACGAAUCAAUCUGACUGGAGAAAUGGACACGUUCAGCACUGUCAUCUCUAGCAGCAUUCAGUUGCUGGUGCAGGAUCUGGAUGCCGCCUGCGAUCCUGCCCUGACUGCCAUGAGCAAGAUGCAGUGGCAGAAUGUGGAGCACGUUGGUGACCAGAGCCCCUACGUCACGUCCGUCAUUCUUCACAUUAAGCAGAACGUCCCCAUCAUCCGUGACAACCUGGCUUCCACGCGGAAAUACUUCACUCAGUUCUGCAUUAAAUUUGCAAACUCCUUCAUUCCCAAGUUCAUCACCCACAUCUUCAAGUGCAAGCCAAUUAGCAUGGUGGGAGCAGAACAGCUGCUGCUGGACACCCAUUCCCUGAAGAUGGUCCUGCUCGAUCUCCCCUCCAUCGGCUCACAGGUGGUGAGGAAAGCACCUGCCAGUUAUACCAAGAUUGUUGUGAAAGGCAUGACCCGGGCCGAGAUGAUCCUCAAGGUGGUGAUGGCCCCUCAUGAACCGUUGGUGGUGUUUGUUGAUAACUACAUCAAACUCCUUACAGACUGCAACACAGAAACCUUCCAGAAGAUCCUGGACAUGAAGGGGCUGAAGAGAAGCGAGCAGAGCAACAUGCUGGAACUCUUCCGCCAGAGGCUCCCCACUCCGCCCUCAGGGCCAGAAGGCUCCAGCUCGCUGUCCCUGCUGGCUCCCACACCAGAACAGGAAUCAUCUCGCAUCCGCAAGCUAGAGAAACUGAUUAAAAAGAGACUGUAGGAGCA